AUGGAUCUAACCGGAGACAGCCAUUGGAGCCUUAGCAGCGGGUCGAUCGAUUCAACUCGGCGCGCGGAUUUCAAGCACAAGAGCCAGACCCAUCCCCUCAAGCAACUGGCCGCCAAAGAAGCGGAAAUCUGCGCCGCCAACGACAAACUCGCCGAGCUCCAAAACAAAAUCGAAACCUUCGAGAGCCAGGUCGACACGCUCACCUGUCAAGUCAACGAUCUCACCAAGAAACUGGCCGACUGCGAGGGCGAAAAACAGAAGCUGUCCGAUGUGCUUGAUAUUGUCGAGCAGAAUGUGGCGACGCUCACGGCUCUUGUCGAAGAGCUCAAAAAAGAGAACGAAGCACUCAAAGCAGAGCUCGAAGCAGUCAAAAAAGCCGCCGAGGACGCCGCAGCCGCCGCUGCUGCCGAAAAGGCCGAGCUGGAAUCAAAGGUGUGCACUCUUGAAGCGGAGCUGACAACUGCCAAAGAAGAAAUCACUCGACAAGAGGCCGAAAUCGCCAAUUUAGAUGGCAUUGCUUACAAAUAUUGCGAAGACGCGAAAGCCCGCACCGACGAUUUCAACCAGGCGGCGGCGCAAUUGGCCUCGGCCAAGGAAGCGCAAGAUGCUCAGAAGCUCGAGAUCCAGAAAGCUAUCGAUAUUCUCCAAGCCUGCCUUGCACAGCCUGAUAUCGCCGAUACUAAGCAAGAAGCAGCCUGCUCGUCAUCGUCUUCUUCUUCGUCUUCCUCUUCGUCAUCGGACUCAUCGGACAACAAAUCUGUUGUUGAUAAUGGAUAUGUCGAGCCUCCAGUCGUCGAUGAAGACAUGAUCAUUGCCGAAAAAGUGAAGGACGCCCCAAAGCCACAAUUUUUUCCACCAAAAACGGAAGAGAAAACACCCGUCGUUCCAGAGCAACAGGCUACUCAAAAGUCUCCACCAGCUUCACCGACUCAGGUGCAAAGCACGGAAAUUCCCUUGGAUCGACAAUCGCUGAGCUCAGUGGGAUCAAAGAAGAAGCAAAAGAAGCUCAACCCGGUCCUGCGUGCUCUCGGCUGCUUCGGCAAAAACUCGCGGGGAGAAAAAGACAAAACAGUUGCCAAGGAUUAA